AUGUCAUCUCCCACAAAACUGCAAGGUUCCAUGGAGCUCAAAGCAGCACAGGUUGACCUCCAAGCAGAGGCCCACUGUCCCAUCUGUAAGGAAGACUUCAAAAACCGAGUGACCAUUGGGUGCAGGCAUGACUUCUGUCAUGCCUGCAUCAGUGAGUUCUGGAAGGAUCGAAAGGGUAGUUUCCCCUGCCCUGUUUGCCACUUUAAUUGUCCAGAAGGGAAGUUUUGGAGUCAUGAACAUCUGAGUCAAGCUACUGAAGUCUCCCAGCCGCUCCCAGUAAAAAAGAUCAGGAACAGCCCACAAGGAACGUGUUCUUCUGAGAUGCGGCCACAGCCUCCAGCCCCCUGCAGUGGGAAGGACCAAGAGGUUUUCUCCCCCAGCCCCACAAGUCACUUUGUUUGGCCCAUAGAGGAUGCUGCCCUCUGUACUAGGGAACAAAUUGAAUUUUACAUUAAAAUGUGGAGGGAGAAAGUGGAGCCAGCCGAAAAAGCCAUUGCCACCCAAAGGAGAAGAUCACUAGAGCUGAAGAGAAGGGUACACCUCAGACGAGAAGAGGUAAUGUCUGAAUACCAACAAUAUAUGUUGAUUCUCCAGAAUGAAGAAAAGAGCAUUCUUGAGCAGUUAGAAAAUGAAAAGGUGAUUGCAUUAGCCAAAAUGAAUAAAAACCUAGAAAAUUUCUCAGAACACAUGUCUUCAUUAAAGUGUCUGUUGAUGGAGGUAGAGAAAAAGUGUGCUAAGUCAGAACUGGAAUUGCUGGCAAGUGUGAAAGAUGUUUACAAGCGAAACAAAAACUUAGAAUGCCCCAGGAUAGUCUUCUUCGAACUGAAAGUGCGUAGCCUCGUGCUUCCUCCACAGUAUUCUGGCUUGGACAGAAUCAUCAAGCAAUUUCACGUUGAUGUCACUCUAGAUCCUGAAACAGCACAUUGUAGACUUGAUGUCUCUGAAGACAAAAAAGCUGUGCUCUAUGGGCAGAUGAAAGAGUUGCCAAAUAACCAGAGAAGAUUCCACAUGUACCCCAUUGUUCUGGGGUCUGAGGGAUAUAGCUCUGGCAGACAAUACUGGGAGGUAGCUGUAGAACACAUGUGUGACUGGUUCCUGGGGGUCUGUAAAGAGCCUUUCCCCAGGAGUAUGGACAGGAGCAAGAACGAACAACAACCGUUUUCAUUGCAGGAUGGAUUAUGGGGGGUUGGGUUAACCAGCUGCCAGGAUUAUAUUGGAUUGGGCCUUAAGAAAAUUGAUCUUCUACCAAAGGUAGCGCCUAAUAGGGUUGGAAUUUUUUUAGACUCUGACCUGCAUGAGGUUUCGUUUUACAAUUUGAGUGAUAAGUCCCUUCUGUGCCAUUUUAGUGACUGUGCUAGCGGUGCACUUUGGCCAUAUUUCUACACUGGAUAUGCCUCUGUGCCUCUGAAGAUCUGCACAGCUGAAGAUCCUGAGUGGUGA